AUGCUUCUGCUACUGCCAAUCGUUUUUUCUGUGACCACUGUAUACAGCACCAGCCGUAUUUCAGUGCCCGGUUUUCAAGCUGUUAACUUUGCCCAAGCAAAAGAAAGACGAAAAUUGAACGGAAGCGUGAUAAAGCAAGUUGAUGUGAGGUCAGAAGAUGGGUGUAGUCUUCAAUGCGUCAGGAAUGAACGUUGUCUUUCUUACAACUUUGAAAACACAAAGAACGAAUCAGGGACUUUCGCGUGUGAGCUGAGCAAUUCUGACAGAUUUUCUGGCUUUGGUAAUUUCACACAACAUGACAAUUUUACCUAUAGAGGAAUACAGGUAAAAAUUCCUAUUUUUGAUGUUUUUCUUUUUUAAUCAACCAUGUUAGUUUCUCUCAACCCGGAAAAUUUAUAUAACUCCUAUGUCAACAACAAUUACAAAAUAUCACGCCAAAGAAAGAAAGGCCAUUACAUGUAUUCAAACCAUCAUCAUCAUCCAUGUCUUAAACCAUCAUUCAGGGUUAGAGUGGAAACCCGAUACAACGAUCGAUGUGCCAAGGGAGCAGUAAAAUUAUAUCAUUAUUUUGAGGAAUCGUUAUAUCGAAACUCCCGAUAUAACGAUAUGCUAGAAAAAUAAAAGAAAGAUCGUUAUUUCGGGGUAAACCUUAGAGGAUUGAAUGACAAGGAGGCUUAGAAUACAUUAUUAUUUUCCUGAACGAAACGUUAGAGAUUUCUCAAUUACUGUAAUGUUAUUGUAUUAAAUUCAAUGUUUUGCUUAAAUCGCGACUGUGUACUGAUAAUAUCGUUAUAUCGGGAAAGAUUUUACCUUUGGUCCUCUAAAGUCUCAUCGUAUAUCGGGAAUAUCGUUAUAUCGAAGAUUGUUAUAUCGGGGUUCUGUCCCAUAUAUUUUACUGUGACUUUUGCAAGGACAUAGAAUAACCAUCGUUAUACCGUGAACAUCGUUAUAUCGAGGAUCGUUACAGCACUCGAAGUUAAAUUUUCUGUCCUUGUUUCAGCGAGUGCAUGCAGUGGAAGCUCUUUGCGGAAAAACAAAGCUGCUCGAAUGGAAUACUUUCUUUGUCUUUUUAGUAUCAAUAGUGUGAUUAAGAUGGCAAUGAUUCCGCUUUUUGAUUUACAGAGUUUUCUUUAACUUUUUGGAUUUUAAGCUAAAGAUAAUAUAGUAUAAUCCGGCUAAUCCAGAGGGAUGGAAGAAAGAUUGUUCGUCCAAACUGAAGAGCGUUGUUUUCACAUUGAGACCUGAAUUUCAGUCAAAAUAUUUUGGAAUAGGGCGUUCACCGUUCGAAUUGGAGCUUUUUUCUCUUCAAAAUGAAGAAAUAACCAUCCUUUAAAUGCCUUGAUCACCUAAAGAUGUUUCCAAGAUCAAAGCCAAAAUAAAAGCGAAUACCGUUUUUUUUUUAACAACAUACAUGUAGUAACCGUUGGUUGUCAUAAUAUUAAGCAUUGCAUCCAAGAGCACGUUUUUUUUUAGACAAAUUAGCAUGAGAAGGCGAUACAAGCGGGAAUUAAGUGAAACAAUUAAGUAAUCCUUAGAACCACCUGCCUAGGGGUAUACAUCCCCUGAAGGCCUUCGUCUCCAGACUGUUAAGAAAACAUUAAAUGACAUCAAUUAAACAAACCUAAAAGCAGAGCUCCCAAAGGAAAAUAAGUAAGAUUAUGGAAACACAGUCAUGGCAAUUCUUAAGCCGAAACUGCAGGGGAGAGCCACAUUAACUAUUAAACAAAUCAUUACCCAUUUAAAUAACAAAGUGCUCUAUGUUAACGCGUCAGACAUUGCCAGAAAAUCGAACUGUGAAUCAAUGCAAACCGAUGAAUUCUAUCACAUUUUGGACACCCACUGACCAAUCUUAAUCUAGCAUAAUUAUCUUUUACGAGUAAUUUCAAUUAUAGCUGCGUAUCUAAAGGUGCCUUAGACAGCCCAGCACGAGACUAAAAUUUGAAAACAAUGCGUCGAGAACAUUUGUCCCUACUUUUAAAAUGAUGUUGUUCACUAGAGGAAACGUUAAAAGCAAUUUACAAAAUCGGAUUCCUUGCUGUUGCAAAAAUCCAUGCACGAAUAAUGGGAAGAAUGGCGCCUUCUCAUUCUCUGGGCAGCCAACUAGUUUUGAAGGGGACAGCAAUGUUCCGGUCAAAGCUUGAAGGAACAGUUUUUCAUUGUUUUGAGCAUUUUCGAUCUAAAAUUAAAAUUUAAAAAUGCCCAUCCCCUUAAAAGUCAAAAUUUGUUUAAAUGUAGAAUUCCCAUCAAUUUGUUACCAAUUAAACUUAAGAGGGAUUUCCUAUGAGAUAAGGCCUUAAAUUUUUGGCUUCAUCGACAUUGACAUUUUUAGUCAAAUUAAUUCAUCUAAGAGAUUUUCAUCUUCAAAACAGAGUAUCUGCGAGUCAAGCAUUAAUAAUCCUUGUGGGAACAAAGGAAUUUGUAUCCCAGACUACUUCAGGAGCAGUUUUGAAUGCAAAUGUUACACUGGAUAUGGAGGAACACCUUGCAGUAAGUAAUGGGCCAUUUUCUAUAUACUAAAACUCAGCAUGAUAACCAGCUUAGAGAACACAAACAAUGAAGCUGAAUAAACAGGAUUAGUAAAAUCCAACUAGUGGUCUAUUAUCAAUGCUGCGUUAUGAUUGGUUGUGCUACUACUAGGCUACAUGUUAUAGCCCACUAGUAGCGAAAAGCCCUAGCUUUUUGGCGGCAAAAAAGGAUUAAAGUCUAGCUUUAACUAGCUAAAAGUUUUUUAUUCUCGAUAUUUUUGACCAACUAGUUGGAUUUUACUAAAACAAUUAUUCCUCUCGUCCUCAUGGGCUAUUGACUCAGAGCCCAUUCGGGCUCGAGGAAUAAUUUUUAAAUAGACACGGUUCAUUCAUUUUGUUUGUUAGUGUCCUCUAAGACUCACUAUUACUGAGGAAUUUUGAUAUAUCGUUUAAGUGGCCUUCUCAAACGGAAGGGAAAAGACAGCAAUUGGUGUGGAUAAAACAUUCCUGUAUCUAGCUGUAAGUUGUAACUGUUUACCAGUAGGAUGCCUACACACAAUAUACAAUGUUUCAUUUCCACAAUUGGUUUAAUUUGGUUCCAUUAAAUCUGAUAAGAAUUGGAAAACAUUUUAGGAGGAGUCAGACACGCGGGACACGCGGAAAGUUACUAACAAGGAGAAGGAGUAAGGAAAAAAUUCCAAAGCCUGAGAGGUAGUGCGUUGAAUACUGAACACAUUUAAAUAAUAACAAAACAAAAACAAGCAAAUAACUAGUAAAUGAUUUUUUAAAAAUACCUACUCCUUGGAUUGAUGCUUCUGUCAAAGACAUACCAAACGAGAAAAGCUCGAGCCUUGGUGGCGUAGCCUAUUACCCUUUCGUAAACGGCACUUAACCAUUUUUAACGGUCGAUCCAACCAUUACUAACCAAGCCUUAGUCAUGAUAGAUGUAAUACAUUUCCUGGAUUAAUUUACAAAAGGCAAAUAAUACGUCUUCGUCGAAUAGUGUUAAAAAGAACGUCGUUGGAGCCCAAGUUUAAUUUUCGUUAAAAUUUAUGGAAAGGGCUAGGGUCACCUGUUAUUGAUGUAACAGUUAAGAAAGACAGUUUGUCGGUGUAUGAACUUAAUUUUUUUCGUAAUUUUGGCUGGUCGGCGAAUUGGGGUGGCGUGCAAUAAGCUGGGCAAAAUUUGGAGAACUCAGAACGGCAAUCAUAGACCAAAGUGACUGGCGAGGCCGGAGAAACCAUGCUGUUCGAGCGAGCGCUUGACCAAACUUAAAACUAACUAAUUAACUUGCCUUUUCGAAAUGGAGGUUAAGACUCAAAAUAUUAGGAAGCUCGUCAACGUUUUUGAGAAGCGUAAGUCAACGGGAAGUACUGUGGCCAACUUGUAACGUACCUCAAUCAGACCUUGUGUUUAUAUUAAUUAGUUUCUAAUUACUUACAGAGGAAAUGAAAAGCUGCCUUGGACUUUCUCAGAAUGGUUUCACUUCUAAUGGCGUCUAUCACAUCAUCCCAGAUGGUUGUAAGCCAAUACAAGUGCUUUGUGACAUGAGCACAGACGGUGGAGGUUGGACCGUGUUUCAGAGACGUUUAGACGGCUCGGUGGAUUUUCAGCUCGACUGGAAAUCCUACAAAAAUGGGUUUGGUGAUCUGAGCGGUGAAUUCUGGCUUGGAAACGACAAUCUUCACUGUUUGACAGCCACCCAUGAUGUCAUGCUUAGAAUUGACCUGGAGGACUUCGAUGGCAAAAUUUCGUAUGCUGAAUAUUCCACUUUUAAGAUCGCUGACGGGGUGGAUAAAUACCGUAUUGCGGUUGGAGGCUACAAUGGCACAGCUGGUGACUCCAUGACAGAUAGCGUUAAGUUUCUACCCGCAAAGUAAGUAUUGAUUUUAGGCUGGUGCGACUUACCACAGCACACUCUUGUUCUUGUCGUUCUUCUCCUUCUUCUCCUUAAUCUCCUUCUAUUCUUUCUUCUUUUUAUUGUUAUUUUAUCAUAAUUUUUUAAAUAAAUCGUUAUUGUACUUUCUGCCACACGCACAACAGUUACAUAUUUUACAGUAACCAGUAACUAAAAUAAAAAUAAAAGGCUAAACAGGAAGCUACAACUGUACAGAACAGUCCAGUACGUAAAAACUGACAACUCCACAAAAAAGAAGCAAAUUUAAGUAGGCGAGAUUGUCACCGAAAAAGGUGCUGUCAAGUAGGAUAAUUUUAUGGCAUUUAUCAAUUUUCCAUUGAGCUAACAUUUUUGUUGCUGGAUCAGAGGAAGUGAGGUGUUUUCUUAACGUUUUGCAUUGUUGAUAAUAUUUCUAAGUUUGCAAAAUUGGGAUCCAAAACUUCCGUUUUGCAUUGACCAGUACGUUUGAAGGAGGUUUGCAGUCUUUGAAGACCAACUGCAAGCUGGAAAGGUUGAGGUUUAACUUGUGUUUAUCAUUAAACCAUCCGGAUCAUUUCUUGCGAAAGAGAGAGGCCACCAAAGGACUCCACAAAAGCGUGUUGUAUAGAAUCACGUGAUCUGCAGUAAAUGUGACUCGUCGUCAACCGAAGUUUUAAAUCUCUGCAGCUCCUUGUUUGGUUACUAAUAUCCGAUGUAGUAGUUUAAAGGAAAAUUUUCUCAGUUUGUUGUCAUUAGAUAGCCGCGGUAUAUUUUUAAACAGAUCUUUCCACAUACUCUUGAUGUCAACUAGUGUUUUGCUUUCACCACGUGUUUACGGCUGUGGGUGCUAUAUUUGUCUUUUUUCCUUUAUUUUGAAAAACAAGACAAUAAUCCUUAGUUAUACAUCGUAUUUUUGAAAGCAAGAAUGUCUUCUUCUUCUUUAUUUUCCCUUUUAACUACCAGUUCAAUUUUAACGGAAACGUCUUUAUCCUACACUUUGACUGGGUUCGCCCCAUGUAUAAAUCUGUUCGCCUCAUGCAUAAGUCUGUUCCCCCCCCAUGCAUGGGUCUGGUCGCUCAAUGUAUUGAUCUGUUUGCCCCAUAUAACAGAAUCCAAGACAGCCUUGGGUUCUGGAUUGCACACUUUGCAUUCCGGAUUCCAGGUGCCGGAUUCUAGCCUUGGUAAGUGGAACUGGGUGUCAGUCGUUAGUGGGAUUCUGGAUUUCUUUGUCUGGAUUCUGGAUUCCAAAGCCCAGGAUUCCAGAUUCCACCAGUAAAAAAUCCCGGAUCUCUUGGAUUCAGGCCCUUAGAUGGGGCGAGACUGUAGAACAUUUGUGAUGUUAUUUUAUUGUUGGGCGCGGGAAUUAUACUUUUUCAAGUACGUCUGUAUCGCAGACUAUAAAAACACUCGUCCGCACUACUUUCUUCCCUGAAAGGAAUCACAUCAUCUUCCGCUGAGAGGAUGAGCUACAAAUUCUUGGUUCGGUAAUGCGCGUUUGUCCAAAUCAAGACCUUAAUUCAAACCAUUGUUCACAUCUCUUCUCAAAACUACGUUCUGCAAUCAGGAAUCCAAUCAGUUUAGCACAAAUAACAGUGUACUUAAGUUGCCCUACGCUCUCUUUUGUGAUGUAUUUCAUCUGACACACACACGACGUAUCUCCUUAAAUGAGCCUAAUAAUACAUUUGUUAACAUGAUAUAUUUCGAUUAUCUGUCUACCUUUCAUUUAAUAAGUACGUUAACACACUCCAGCGGUUCCUUUUGAGAUCUAAACCCCGGGAAAAUCUCAGUGUACGCGUGUUCUGAACAAAAAGUCUCAAAAACUAUGUCCUUUGGUCAGACUUUGGAAAGCACAGUUUUGCCAUAAGUUGUACAAAAGCAAGGAAAUCGAAUUAUUUAAACCCUCAUGGCGAGGAAGCCCAAGAGAAACCACCGGGCUUAAGGAAUGGGUUCCCUCAGUUAAAUAAUAAGAACAAAAUAUUAUCAUAAUUACACAUGGAAAAAUCGACACAGAUCUAUAAAGUAUACAGGGAAGUGUACUCCCGGGGAGAUGCACUAUCGAUGGAUGCGCCGAUAACGACUGUUCUCUAUUUCUUAACAGCAACAUGCAAUUCACAACCAAAGACGCUGAUAAUGACGGAUCCAGCGUAAACUGCGCGGAGACACAAAAAGGAGGAUGGUGGUAUAACGCCUGCAGUUGGGCAAAUCCUAAUGGCGUAUAUUACAGUGGAAAAUACAGCAACCAAGACGCCGAUGGAAUAAAAUGGGUCACACUAAGAGGACAUAAGUACUCAUUCAAACGUAUUGAGAUGAAAGUAAAACCCAAAGUGUAA